CUAAUUCAUAGGGGACUAUCUCCUUGGCGCCCUCUCACUGAUGCAAGCUUUGGGUCCUAGAAGAAGACCCAGAUCUUUUCUCUUCAAAUUUCAGGUUUUAGAAUCCAUUUUUGCAGGUUAUAGAAUCCACAGGUAGAAGGUUCUGAUGGCCGAUAACCAAGAAAACAGUGCAUUAUUCCCAAUUUUCAUUUUGUCUGUAAUUGGUCUGCCUUUAGUCCCCUAUACGGUGCUCAAGAUUUUCCGUGCUGCUACGAGGAGUACGAGGAACAUCCACUGUGAGUGUUCUGUGUGCACACGAUCUGGAAAAUAUCGCAAAUCAAAUUCUCAGCGGAUCUCAAGCUUCUUAAGCUGCAGUAACGUGACCUUGAUUUUGCUUUGGUUGAUUGUUGGCCUAGUUGCUUAUUCGGUUAAGCAGUCUAGGAGUGAGAUUCAAGUGUUUGAGCCAUUCAGUAUUCUUGGGCUGGAACCUGGAGCUUCAGAUUCAGCAAUAAAGAAGGCAUAUAGGAGGCUUUCUAUUCAGUACCAUCCUGACAAAAAUCCCGACCCAGAUGCCAAUAAGUAUUUUGUGGAAUAUAUAUCCAAAGCCUACCAAGCUCUGACAGAUCCAAUUUCCCGUGAGAAUUUUGAGAAAUAUGGGCAUCCUGAUGGUAGACAGGGCUUUCAAGUUGGAAUAGCUCUUCCCGAAUUCCUGCUUGCUGGUGCAUCUGGUGGAAUGCUGUUAAUUUGGAUUCUUGGAGGACUUAUUCUGUUGCCGUUAAUUAUUGGUGUUAUAUAUCUGUCGAGAUCAUCGCAAUAUUCUGGAAAUGUCAGACGUGAAACCUUGUCUACCUAUUUUAACUCAGUGAAGCCUUCUUUGGCCCCAAGCAAAAUUAUGGAAGUCUUCAUUAAGGCUGCUGAGUACAUGGAGAUUCCAGUUCGCAGAUCUGAUGAUGAACCCCUCCAGAAGCUCUUCUCAGUCGUAAAAGGAGAGCUGAACUUGGAUGGCAAGAGUGCAAAGCAGGAACAAGCGAAAUACUGGAAACAACAUCCAUCACUGAUUAAGACUGAAUUGCUGAUUCAAGCACAUUUAACUCGCAAAGCAGAGACUUUAUCCCCAGAUCUGCAGAGAGACUACAAACAUGUGCUUCGGCUUGCCCCUCAGCUUCUAGAAGAGCUAUUUGUGAUGGCUAAUCUACCACGCACCUCUAAGGGUCAUGGAUGGCUGAGACCUGCAAUAGGAGUUGUUGAACUUUCCCAAUGUAUUGUUCAGGCGAUUCCUCUUAGUGCAAGGAAAGCUACUCGGGGAUCUAGUGAAGGUGUUGCUCCUUUCUUGCAGCUUCCACAUUUCAGCGACACAGUUAUUGAAAAGAUAGUGCAGAAAGCACGCACUUUCCAGGACUUCCGAGACAUGACAUCUCAAGAACGUGCCGAGCUGCUCACGGAGGUUGCCAGCUUAUCUGUGGCUGAAGCGCAAGAUGUUGAGAAGGUACUGGAACUGAUGCCUCGUGUCACAGUUGAUGUCAGUUGCGAGACUGAAGGGGAGGAGGGCAUACAAGAGGGAGACAUUGUUACGGUACAGGCCUGGGUCAUGCUAAAACGGGCUAACGGUUUGAUUGGCGCCCUCCCACAUAAUCCAUACUACCCAUUCCCCAAGGAGGAAAGUUUCUGGUUUUUACUCGCAGAUGCGAAUUCAAAUAGUGUGUGGUUUUCCCAAAAGGUUAGCUUCACGGAUGAAGCUGGAGCAGUAACUGCUGCUUCGAAAAUAGUUGAAGACAAAAUGGAAGCUUUAGGUGCAGACACAAAGGAAAUUAGCGCUGCAGUCAAAGAAGCUACGGAACGAGUAAAGAGUGGGUCCCGACUGGUGACGGGGAAGAUCCAAGCUCCAUCAGAAGGAAAUUAUAACCUGACUAGUUAUUUGGUGUGUGAUUCUUGGCUAGGCUGUGACAACACUGUGAGUGUUAAGGUUAAAGUAUUAAGAAGGAACAGGACUGGUACUCGGGGUGGCCGUGUGGCUGAGGGAGAACAGAAUAUUCCUGAUGACAUCGAGGAUGAAGAUGCUACUGAUGAAGAUGAAUAUGACGAGGAGGAGUCGGUUCAGAGUGAGUACAGUGAAGAAGAAGACGAAGAAGAAGAAGAGGAAGAUGACACACAAGUUACAGAUAAAAAGGGCAAAGAAUUUGACAGACAAGUUACAGAUAAAAAGGGCAAAAUGGAAGUUGAGAGACAAGUUACAGGUAAAAAGGGCAAAGAGGAAGUUGAGAGACAAGUUACAGGUAAAAAGGGCAAAGCCAAUGGAACUACUCGAAGAAAGAACCGUUAGGGAGUAAUUUUUCCGCAAAUCUACCUUGACUUUAGAUGAGGAUCGAAAAAUGGGACAGUUAAUUCUUAAUCUUCCUGCUUUCAUUGAAAUACUUAGAAUUUUCACCAGACAUGAUGCAAUGUUGAGUAUUUGACAGACCUGGAACCCAAACUUUUGUGGUGGUCAUGGUAUUUUUACAUUUCUUGUUCUUUAUACAGAUUUUUCUAUACUGAGAUCAAGACUGCAAUAUACUGAAAUACAAUUGCAAUGAAGGUUCAUUACUAUAGUGUUCAUUUUGUUUGAAA